UAGGCUAAUCACCAUGCUCUCCCUCACGAAACGACUUCAGCACUUAGUCCCGCGCCUCCGCUCCGCGGUCCGGCAAAUCCGUUCGGCACGCCCCGACGGGGGACCCUCUUCGAGGAGGCGGCGGCCUGCCUCGCUGCUGGCUCUGUCGAAGAAAGGGGAGGCGAAGUCCGAGUGGUGGAUAGUGGACGGUGAGAUGCACGAGAUAGGCGAUCACGUGCCGCCGCGCGAGCGGUUUGUGAUACCAAGGGACAAUAUCCCCAACAAACGCCGCAAGCAGCUGCGCGAGCAGUUCAUGCGCCGCACUCGCCUCGUCCUCAAGGAAUCGGAGCAUGAACCUUGGUGCAAGAGGUACAUGGAGUUGUAUCAGGAGCUUAGAGAAAAUUGGGAGAGGCUGUAUUGGGAUGAAGGCUACUCCAAGAGAAUUGCUCAAGAUCAUGCUAACUAUGAGUCUGCUGAAGAUGAUGAUCAGGAUUUUACCCCAUACAGGAGCAGGCGAUCUGCUGCUGAGCCAAUGAAGGACCAAGGUUUCAGGAGGAACAAGGAAGGUGAUACCUGGGAAAGGGUCAGCCAAAUUCGGGAUAAGUUUGAAUAUGACAGAGAGAAAAGAAUGAGAGAAAAAGCAUUUGCACCUAUGAAUGGAGGAGCUGCUUCUGAUUUACAUGAUACAAACUCAUUGAAGCAGCCAUUCGAUGCUCAGAGAUACUUCUCCCAUAGUGAAAGUGACUGACAGGAGUACCAUUAUCUAAAGAAGGGAAAGGAGGGGCUCGGGACAAUUUUCCUUAAGUUCUCUCUCGAACUCCAUUCCAUUCCAGCUGCUGUAAUUGCUUCUGCCACUGACUGCAGUUGGAGCAGCGGGCACUGUGGCUGCAUAGCCAUUGCUCAGUUCUUUUUCUCCUUCCACACAAACCUGCGGUUACUUCCUCACCGUCUGAUCUGUUACAAUGAGUCCUGGCUGGUCCCAUCCAAGAAAGAACGAGGAGGAAGAAAUCAUGUUGUGCAAAUAUCAGUCUUUUGUUGUGUUUUUUUUUUUUUUUUUGGAGAUCAUGAUAUGAAAAUUUUUGUAUUAAUAACAUGAAAAAAAGUCUGCUGCAACGACGAGGCUGGCAUCUAACCAAGUUUAUUAUUGAAGUGAAGAAGAUACAUUUCU